AUGGCUUCUUUCCAGCGCCUCCCUCUGCUCCUCGCCGUCAUUGCAUCGCUCUGUGCGGCCGCGGUCGGUCAGGACGGCAAGCCCGUGCUGCCGUUCGCGCCUUCCUGCUCGACUACUGAUAACUACACCGACGGCAGUCAGUACAUGAAGAACCUGGACCAGCUCCUCGCCGGCCUCCCCGUGGCCGCCGCCUUUAACGGCUGGUUCUACAACGGCACGGCGGGAGCGCCCGGGACGCCCGACCAGGUCUUCGGCCUUACCAUGUGCUACGCGGACCGUAACGCGAAGGAGUGCCAGGAAUGCCUCGCCGGAGCAGCGGCGGGGAUCAAGUCCAUGUGCCCGGGAAGCCGGAACGUGCGAGCGGCCUACGACGCGUGCGUGCUCCGGUACUCGCCGACGCCCUCCUUCUCCAUUGCCGACCUCGACGUGGCCUUCUACGUGACCGUUGCAGGCACGGCCAUCGACCCGGAGAGGAUGCGCAACGCGUGGCUCCCGCUCAUGACCAACCUCGCAUGGCGCGCCGCGAGCUCGUCGUCCCGUGUGGCGAACGCGACCACGCCUUACGACGCGGCGUCGCUGGUCUACGGGCUGGCGCAGUGCACGAGGGACCUCAACGCGACGGAGUGCAGCAGGUGCCUCUCCUCCCUGGUCGGGCAGCUCAGAACACGCUUCACCAACGAGACAGGCGGCGCCGUCAAGGCGUACAGCUGCUACGUGAGGUACCAGCUUGGCGCCUUCGACGUCACCCUGCCGCCGGAACCACUUUGGUGA